AAGCGUAGUAUUUGAAAAUUUCGUAUUUUAUAUUUCAGAUCAAACAUAUAGCGCCAUCCACUCAUCGGCGUAAUCGGCGGUCAUCAUUCUGUAAGUUAUGAACAACUUCAAGCUUCAACAGUUACAGUUACAGUUUGUGAAAUGACUGAAGGCUGAAUGAUAAGAUUAUACCAAUUGCUGAAAAGACGCGCAUAGAACGCGACGAACAAAAGCUGUCAAUUCGACUUUACACAAGGCAGCAAGGAGAGCAAGCUAAAUCCUGUUAAAUCCGUACAUAUUGUGCCAAUAUGACGUUUUUACGAUCAGUUGGGGAAGUGAUUGGCUUCCUAUUGUUGUCAAUCUUUGCGAUACUCAAGGGCAUGAUCAAAUCAUUCAUUCCCAAGAAGUACAAAAUGAAAAGUAUAGACGGUGAAAUUGCUCUCGUAACAGGGGGUGGCGGUGGAUUGGGUAGGCUUCUAUCUCUCAGGCUGGCCGACCUAGGUGCUAUCGUCAUAGUUUGGGAUAUAAAUGAGAUCGGUAUUGAAGAAACUGUCAAACUUGUCCGAGCAGCCGGAGGUACAUGUUACGGUUAUGUUUGCGACUUGUGCGAUCGGACAGACAUAUAUAAAAAGGCCAAAAUUAUUCAGGAAGAGAUUGGCAAGGUGACGAUUCUUAUUAAUAAUGCGGGCAUCGUUACGGGGAUGAAAUUUCUAGAUACUCCGGAUAAACUUAUCAUCAGAACGAUGGACGUUAAUGUGAUGAGCCACUUUUGGACUGUAAAGGCGUUUCUUCCACUUAUGUUGGAGAACAAUAAAGGGCAUAUUGUGAGCGUGGCUAGUUUAGCCGGUCAAUGUGGAGUUCCGAAAUUGGUAGACUAUUGUGCAUCCAAAUUUGCAGCAAUGGGAUUCGACGAAGCCCUUCGAAUGGAACUUGAGUACGAGGGAUAUAAUAUUAAUACGACAGUCGUAUGUCCUUAUUUCAUCCGCAGUACUGGUAUGUUCGACGAUGUUAAAUCAAGAUAUAUUCCAACUCUGAGUCCAAAUGCUGUAGCUGAUAGAAUUAUAACGGCAAUGAGAUGUAAUGAGAAAUACGCCAUUAUUCCGGGCUACUUACAAAUUUUAUUGUCUCUAAAGUGGAUAUUUCCAUGGGCAUGUUCCGCGAUGCUUCUUCGUGGGUUGGUCAAAGAUGCUUCGCCAAGCCACGAGAGUAAUGAAUCGUGUAAUGAAUCUGCAACUGCAACCACUGUAGAAGAGGAAUAUGCUAUAUCAUUAAAAGAUCAAAAUAGUGCCGCUAUCCAUCAACAAUUGGCUAGACGCAUUUCUAGUUCUGAAAGGAAGCCUUAAAUUUUUCUUACGAUUUUAAUAUUUUAGAUUGUAUGUCGUUUCUUUUUGUUGCGUCUCCGCCUUGUGAUCGCUAUACUUUAAUUUUUCAAUUUGCAAUCUUUGAAAUUGUUUCAACAAAUGAAAAAUAUCGAAGAAAUAUAGCAAAACUCACUUGAGCAGAAGGAAAAUAUGAUUCGUUUCAAAUGUAACGAACUUGAAAUAAAAUUGAACUUGUAUGACGCUUUUCUUUCUAUAACCUUUCUUUCUGUUUGCGCCUUCUUUUUAGGAGCGAUUAGUUAAUUGUGCGGUCAUUAGGGGAAAGAAAGAGACUGUAGCAAAUGCAUUCCACUUUAAUUAGGAAUUAUAUAUCUUUGCUUUCAUAUCUUUGCGAUUUGACGCACAUAUAAAAAGAUAAAAUUUCUAUAUGUAUAUGAAUGUAUAAUUUUGUGGUGAUAAAUAUGUUGAUAGAUUGUUUUGAAGUUACAAUGUUAAUGCAUACUUAAUAAAUUGAGACAAAUCUUUGUAGUUAAAUAAUUACAUUACAUUUAGUAAGAAGUCCUGAAAGACAUGAAAGACAUGAAAGAUACAACACAUAUUCUUGUAUCAGCAGUUUGUUAUCAGUCUUAGAUUUCACAUCUAUGGAAAUUACAAUAACUUUAUCGACGCGAUUCAAAGAGCAUGCUACCAGUACACUAUUUAGUGUAAUACUUGUUACGUAAUAUCCGUUUGAAGAAUUAUUUGCUCUAGCGGGUGUAAUAAUGAUAUGUAUUAUGUCAUAACUUGGCAUUACAAAUGUUUUUUUUUCAGAAAUAAUGCAAUGAUAAUAUCAGCACUAUUAAAUUCCAUGAAUGCUAUUGUAUAACCUUUUUGCUAUUAUUAAUUUUAAAAAAUUACCUUAAAAAGAUAUAUAUUUUUAUCAAUAUAAAAAAUAUAUCUUGUCAUCUACAUUUACCUUUGUUGAUCGACUGACACUAUUAUCUCAACAGAAUUUGUAACGUUUUUACAGUGUGAUAGUGAGUUUCCCGAAUGCGCUAUAACGUUGAAUGUUGUGAUCUUAGUAACAAGUUUAUUGUCAUUACUUAUUAAGCAAUUCAAAAUUAUUUUGCGGUCCUUGGCGUCACGAGACACUUUAUUAUUUUUACAUAAAAAAUUAUUAGAUAGACAUACGGUUAGAAAAAUGUGAUAGUGAAUUUGUAAAUGAUGUCAGUACUAGAUAUAAUAAUAAUAUAAGAAUAAUAUUAGAGUAAUAGAGUAGAGUGUCUGUAAUUUCAUGUGAAAUUAUAGAAAUGUGGUAUACUAAAAAUAAAAUGUUAAUAAGUAAUGUUAAAUGAAUUUUUCAAGUUUUCAGUUUUACAGAAUUCAUACAGAUUAUUGUUUUUUUUUAGCCGCCGUUUCAUAUAGAUAUAAAUAUUUAUAAGACUAUGUAUAUUAUUGUAUGCUAAAUAAACUUCCUUACGAACAUGUACAAUGCAA